AUGAAACCCGCCGUUGUACGAUCACAGCAACAGCAACAGCAACAGCAACAGCAGCAGCAGCAGCAGCAGCAGCAACCGCAGCAACCGCAGACACAGCGCGGCAGAGCGAACAAGGUCACCAAGCCCACCGCUCCAGCACGAGCCCGCCCCUCGGCCUCGGCUGCCGCAGCUCGUCAAGCCGCCGCUGAAGCCGCCGCUGAGGCUGCCGCUGUUCAGGCCCAGCAGGUCAAUCAGGUCGCUAUCGGCCCCGACGGCCAGCCCACGGGUCUGUUUGACGACGUCAACGCCAACCUAAACGCCGCCAAUCUCAACGUGAGCGUUACCAUGCCCGGCGCCGAGAACUACGGUGCCCCGGCCGCCAUGGAUACCGAUAUGAACGAGGAUGCCCAUGGUGACGCCGAGGCCGAUGCCGAUAUGGAUGACGCCGGUGCUGCGGCUGCUGCUGCGGCUGCCGCCGCUGCCGCGUCCGGUCUGGGCCCUCAUGUCGAUCUCACUGCCGCAAACAUCCUCGCCAAUGGCGGUCCCGGUCCUGCUGGCAAUGGCAUCCCCCAGGACCCGGCACUGCAGGACAUGCAGCAGGCUGCCCAAGCCGCUGCCACUGGAUAUAGCCAGCAACAGCUUCAUCACCAACAGGUCCAGCAAGCGCGGCAGCAUCAGGUCCAGCAGCAUCAGCCACCCGCCCAAAUGGGCACGCCGCAGCAACUCCAGCAGCAAAUCCCCCAGCAAAUGCAAAGUGCUGCUGCUGCUGCUGCUGCUGCUGCUGCCGCGGCCGCGGCUCACCACCAGCAACAACAAAUGCAGCCGGUCCAGCAAGCACCGAUGCAACAGGUCCAGCAACAACCCCAACCAACCAUGCAGCAAGUCCAGCAUCAGCAUCAGCAGCCUGCUCAACAACCGCAACAGCAACCCGCCCCCAACCCGGGCGGCCCCCUGAUGAAGACGACGGAAGAGAUCGCCCGCGAGUCGGCCCUGGCCAACGGCUACCGCGACCUGCCUGUAGAGAGCGCGCUUGCAAAACGCCUGGCUCGCGAGCCCGGCCAGCGGCUUGCGCAGCAGAGACGUCCGGAGCAGACGCUUAACCUGGCCCGGCGCAGUAAUGUCGAGGCAUUGUUUGCUCAGAUCGCGGGCGAGCCUGCGCGCGUGCCCUGCAAAAAUUGUCACAAGGGACAUGGUCCCUGGACGACGUGUAUCGUGGUGGAUGGGCAAAUGUGUGGUAGCUGCGCGAACUGCUGGUUUAAUGCCAGCGGGGCGAGGUGCAGUUUCCAUGAAACCCGCAACCCUCAACUCCACGCUCAAAACGCCGCGGCCCUCCUGCCCACCGGUCCCGCCGCCCUGGGCACCGCCGCCGAUCCAGCCUAUCGCUACGGCAGCUACCUGCGCUCAGGCUCCGCCGUCACAGCCAACGCUGCGGCCCUCGCCCAAGCCAACGCCAACGGCGCCGCCGCCCUGCUCGCUUCGAGUCCCGUCCUCCAGCAGAUGGUCGCCAACGCCAUGAACGAGGUCCGCGCCGCGGAUGCAGUCACCCGCCAGCUGAUCAAGAUGGAUAUCACGGCGAAGCAGCUCGCGCUGCAGAUGCUGGAGUACGAAGAGUUGGUUGCUGCGUCGGCGGGGCAUCAAAAUCAGCAACAUCAGGGUCAGGGGCAGCAGGUGCAGGAUCAUCAGCAUCAUCAGCAAGUGCAGCAAGCGCAGCAACAGCAGCCGGCGCCGAUGCAGGUGUAUCCCGCUCCUCCGCAGCAGGGACAGGUUAAUCUGGGCGGGGAACAAACUGCUGCGGCGUAG